GUUUCCAUCCCCUUUAUGAUCCAGUGAUCUACUCUUAAAUAAUGUUGACACCUCAAUCAGAGGCCUAAAUAGAGACCGAGCUAUCUCGAAACCAAUACGGUACUCCUUCCCAGCAUUUACAAGAUUUCCAGUGAAAAUGUCUAAUGAAAAAGAUAGAACCCUCUGGGUAGGAAAUCUGUCCAACGAGGUAACCGAAGAGUUGCUGCACGAGCUUUUCGUGCAAGCGGGCCCAUUGGAAAGGGUGAAAAAAGUUUCAAGCUACUCAUUUAUCACUUACGACCAUGAAGUGUCUGUGCCUUAUGCCUUAGAACUUUUCCAAGGGAUUAGUUUGUUUAACAGACAAUUAAACAUCAAGGCAAAAGGCCAGUCAGCAGCAAACCAACAAGAACAAUACAUGAAACGCAACCAUUCAAAUUCCAGAGAAAAUGAUUUCCCAAACAAACAUAUGAGAUUCAAUGACGAUAAUCAUAUGCGUCCACCUCCUUUGCCAAAUAUUUAUCCUCAGCACAGCUAUGAAGAUCUCUUGAGAUUGGGAGACCAAAUGAGUAUUUACAAUAAUGCUAAUAAUGGAAAUUACCAUCAACAUCAUGGUGCUAGCACUAGCAUCAAUUUGGAAGACUAUGACAGAUCAUACGAUAAUAGAAGACCCAGACAUGACCAUAACAGGCAUAGAGACGAUAAUAGGAGGAAUUUUAAUAGGAGAGAUCAUGGACGCAAAGAUUAUCAUAAUAAUAGAAAUAAUGGAAAUGUAUAUAGGAGGCAUUAAGACCUGGUGGAAACAAGAGUACCUUAUGGAUAAAUUCAAAUUUGUAUUUUUGUAUAAUAAUAAUAAUGAUAUAACUUAAGAGUUUAUUAGUGUAUGCAUUGAGUAAUGUUUGUUUAAAAUAUAAUAUAGUUUUUUGAGUGAAUGAGUGGUUUGGAAAAUAAGGGUACUUCUAUG